GGGACCUUGGGCCUGCCAGUUCUUGGACCUGUAGCAACUGAAAGUCUGCAUUCAGGCCCAGGAGGAUUUGAAAAUCAACAGUGAACAUCUGUCCUAAGUCCUGUGUAUUCCAGGGGAAGGCCAGAGGAUUGGAGACCUGAACUCCAGGGUCCUUGGAGAGAAGGGCUGAGGAUCUGGACAGCUGGGUCUGAGAGAAGGUCCUGAGGUCCUAAUUUUGGGGUCCUGAAAUUCUGCUUCUAUGUGGUGAAUCCAGCGCUUGAAUUUUGAAAUAGGAUGGGCUUGGGUCUAGGACUCCUGUGUCUUGAGGAGGAAGCCAGGUGAUGAGGCUGUUUUUCCAGACACCUGCAGUUGCUUCCCCUUUCUGGGUCUCUGGGGCCACAGGCAUAAAAAAAUGGAGAGCUGAGUCCCAGGAGUAUAAAAAGAAGGAAAACAGCCAAGGUGGAGGAUAGAAGGUUUGUGCUAAUUAAAGGUCCCUACAACUGACAGCUCUACACCCUGGCCCCCAGGGACACCAUCUGGAGAUAAGCAGGCAGAAGGAGCUUACCCCAUGUGAGUAUGUAUGUGCACACCGGGGUGGGAGGCCAGGCCAGGCAGCAUAUGGUUAUAAAAUGCAGGGAUGUGAGGAUCAGGACUCAAAGCUAGAGAAACUAAUGAGAAAGAGGCACAGGCAGAGGCUGACAGAGAAAUAUUUAUUGAGCUCCUGGUGUGUGAGAAACAGAAUGUGGGGUAGCCAGAGUGAUCAAGAUGAGAACAGAGACACGUAGAGGCAUAGAGACAGUGACAUUGCUAAAGAUUUAAUGGGGGGGGGGAGAUAUCUCAAAGGGAUGGAGAAAGAUAAAUCAAGAUGGAUAGAGAGACACACAGAGAAGGAAGGAAGAGAUAGAGAAGAUGGAAAUAGGGACAGAAGAUGGCCUUUGCCAAAGGACACCCACGCUGGCUGCUGGCAGACUUGAAUUCUGUUUUUUAUUCCCACCCCCUGAGUGCCUUGCACUCUGCACUCUCAUGCUGAAGAUGCUCUCACACACACUCACACUCCACAUGUAUUCCCAGAUCACACUGCACUCUCAUCCCCCAUGCUCACACACUCACAGGUACACUCACACCUGUAUGCCAUCAGAUAGCUUCACCUUCCUCCCACACACUCCCAGGUUCACACACACUCUCACACAUUUCUAAGCAAAGAUUCCUGAUGUUUCUGAGAGGCUGAUGGCUACUCAGGGAAGCAAGAGACUUGCCAAGGUCAUACAUCCAGGCAGGGAAGAGCUGGGCAGCCAUCCACCCACACAGCCCAGCUGUCUGCUCUCCAUGCUGAACUGUGAGAUAGUCCAGGUCUGACCUGCUCUCCCAGGCCCUCAGGGUCAAGGGGCUUGGGGAGGCACCAAAGAUAUGCCUGGCAUGUGCUGACAGGGGAUUUCAUGCUCUAGCUGGGCUGGGAGGAGCCUGAUGGGCAGUGGCUGUAGCUGGAGGCUCAGCAGGAGCCUGGGGGAGCAGCGGUAUGGGAGGGAAGCUCAGGCUGGGUCCAAGGAGUGGCUCAGUGCCGCCACUGAACACUUCAGCCUCUUGGCUCUCCUGGGCUAACAGGGCCACUGGACUCUAAGCAGCAAGUGCAGGUUAAGGGGCUGUGAGUGGUUCGAGAAGAGCAAGGACAGGGGUAGAGGAGAAAAGAAAGAGAAAGAGACUGUUGAGAGAGAUUGAGAGAAACAGGGAGAAACAGACACACACACAUCGGGGUAGGGUGGCAGAUUAAAAGAGACUUGUGGAGAGAAAGUAUUUAACAGGGAAAGAUAGAGAACGAGGCAGAGAAGAACCUAAGACAGAAAGCAGAGGAAGGGUGAAACAGAUACAAAGAGACACUCCUGAGGAGAGAGGAAAACAGAGAGAAAAGGAGGGGGGAGGGGAAGAAAGAGAGAGAAGAGGAAGAAGGAGGGGGAGGAAGAAGAGAAAGAAGAAAAGGAGACAGAGACACAGAAUGAAGGACCCACAGACAGACAGUGGCAGAAGCAGGUGGCAGAUAAUGGAUGCUGUGACGCCCAUGGUCAGAGGCACUGGAACAGCCCUGAGGAUCCCCAUCAGGGCUUCCCUGCUGUUCAUGGGGCUGCUGAUCACAGGUAUGGCCCAGUCGCCAAUCUCUGACUCAGUCUCUCGAGGCUUCUGGGCCCUACCUGAAAACCUGACGGCAGUAGAGGGAGCCACGGUGGAGCUGAAGUGUGGCGUCAGUGCACCUGGCAGUGCUGUACAGUGGGCCAAGGAUGGCCUGCUGUUAGGCCCCAGCCCAGGGAUCCCAGGCUUCCCAAGAUACCGCAUGGAAGGAGAUCCUGCUAGAGGUGAAUUCCACCUGCGCAUUGAAACAUGUGACCUCAGCGAUGACGCAGAGUAUGAGUGCCAGGUUGGCCGCUCAGAGACAGGCCCUGAACUCGUGUCUCCCAGAGUGAUCCUCUCCAUCCUGGUUCCGCCCAAGGUGCUUCAGCUGACCCCUGAGGCAGGGACCACAGUCACCUGGGUAGCUGGGCAGGAGUAUGAGAUCAGCUGUGUGUCUGGGGAUGCAAAGCCAGCACCUGACAUCGCCUUCCUCCAGAGUGGACAAACAGUAUCUAGCAUCUCUGUCGACGUGAGCGAAGGGUCCCAGGAGAAACUCUUCAUCACAGAGGCCACAGCCAGAACCCCAAUUUUUCAACCCAGGGUGACACCUCAGAGCUCGGAUAAUGGGAAGUUACUAAUCUGCGAGGGGUACAGUCCAGCUUUGGUCAGCCCCAUCAAGGCCUCAAUCACCAUGAAUGUUUUGUUUCCCCCAGGACCUCCUGUCAUCGAAUGGCCAGGCCUAAACGAGGGGCUCGUUAGAGCAGGGCAGAACUUGGAGCUCCCAUGCACAGCCCGAGGGGGAAACCCACCAGCCACACUGCAGUGGCUGAAGGCCCGUCCUUGUCUCCAGAAUGGCCAACCUGUGCCCAUAGCGUGGGGGACAGAGCUCACCCACGCCACGGCCCGAAGUGUACUCACAAUGACUGUGCGGCCAGAAGACCAUGGAGCUCGAAUCAGCUGUGAAGCCUACAACAGUGUAUCUGUAGGGACCCAGGAACGAAGUAUCACCCUGCAGGUCACCUUUCCUCCCAGUGCCGUAACCAUCUUGGGAUCUGUAUCACAGUCUGAGAACAAGAAUGUGACUCUCUGCUGCCUCACAAAGUCUAGUCGCCCGAGGGUCCUGUUGCGCUGGUGGCUGGGUGGGCGGCAGCUGCAGCCCACGGAGGAGACAGUCAUGGAUGGCCUGCAUGGUGGUCACAUCUCCAUGUCCAAUCUAACCUUGCUGGUGCGUCGGGAAGACAAUGGCCUGACCCUCACCUGUGAAGCCUUCAGUGAGGCCUUCACCAAGGAGACCUUCAAGAAGUCUCUUACCUUGAAUGUGAAAUAUCCUGCCCAGAAGCUGUGGAUUGAGGGACCCCAAGAGGGGCAGCACUUCCGGACUGGGACCCGGGUGAGGCUGGUGUGUUUGGCCAUCGGGGGAAAUCCAGACCCCUCCCUCACCUGGUACAAGGACUCGCGCACCGUGAUGGAGCCGCGGCCGGCCCAGGAGCCACGGCGGGUGCAGCUGGGAAAUCUGGAGAAGUCCGGGAGCACCUUCUCCCGCGAGCUGGUGCUGGUCCUAGGCCCUCCGGACAACAAGGCCAAGUUCUCUUGCAAGGCGGGCCAGCUGAGCGCGUCCACGCAGAUAGUGGUGCUGUUUCCCCCAACCAACUUGACGAUCCUGGCCAACGUGUCAGUACUGCGUCCCGGGGACCCCUUAAAUUUAACGUGCGUUAGCGUGAGCAGCAACCCCCCUGUCAACUUGUCCUGGGACAAGGAGGGGGAGAGGCUGGAAGACAUGGCCGCACCGCCUCAGAACGCCCCGUUCAAAGGCUCUCCUGCCUCCAGGAGCGUUUUUCUGCGGGUGUCAUCCCGCGAUCACGGCCACCGCGUGACCUGCCGAGCCCACAGCGCAGAGCUCCGCGAAACCGUGAGCUCCUUCUACCGCUUCAACGUGCUAUACCCCCCGGAGUUCCUGGGGGAGCAAGUGCUGGUGGUGACCGCAGUGGAGCAAGGCGAGGCACUGCUGCCUGUGUCCGUGUCCGCUAACCCCGCGCCUGAGGCGUUCAACUGGACCUUCCGUGGCUAUCGCCUCAGCCCAGCUGGCGGCCCCCGGCAUCGCAUCCUGUCCAACGGGGCUCUGCAGCUAUGGAAUGUGACCCGCUCUGACGAUGGCCUCUAUCAGCUCCACUGCCAGAACGCGGAGGGCACUGCGGAAGCGCUGGUGCGGCUGGAUGUGCACUAUGCUCCCACCAUCCGUGCCCUCCAGGACCCUACUGAAGUGGAUGUUGGGGGUUCUGUGGACAUAGUUUGCACCGCUGAUGCCAAUCCCAUCCUCCCAAACAUGUUCAACUGGGAGAGGCUGGGGGAAGAUGAGGAAGACAAGAGCCUGGAUGACACAGAGACAAUGUCAAAGGGGUCCACAGGGCGUCUGAGGAUUCACCAUGCCAAACUGGCCCAGGCAGGUGCUUACCAGUGCAUUGUGGACAAUGGCGUGGCACCUCCAGCCCGAGGCCUGGUCCGUCUUGUGGUCAGAUUUGCCCCCCAGGUGGAGCAUCCCACUCCCCUAACUAAAGUGGCUGCAGCUGGGGACAGCACCAGUUCUGCCACCCUCCACUGCCGUGCUCGGGGUGUCCCCAACAUUGUCUUCACUUGGACCAAAAAUGGAGUCCCUCUGGACCUCGAAGAUCCCAGGUACACUGAGCACACAUACCACCAGGGUGGAGUCCAUAGCAGUCUCUUGACCAUUGCGAAUGUGUCUGCAGCCCAGGAUUAUGCCCUCUUCACAUGCACAGCCACCAACCUCCUUGGCUCGGACCACACCAACAUUCAGCUCGUCAGCAUUAGCCGCCCUGACCCACCACUGGGAUUGAAGGUUGUGAGCCUGACUCCCCACUCAGUGGGACUAGAGUGGAAGCAUGGUUUUGAUGGGGGUUUGCCACAGAGGUUCCACAUCAGGUAUGAGGCACUGGAGACUCCUGGGUUUUUCUACGUGGAUGUCCUACCACCUCAGGCCACCACCUUCACACUGACCGGGCUGCAGCCUUCCACACGAUACAGGGUCUGGCUGCUGGCUAGCAAUGCCUUGGGAGACAGUGGAUUAGCUGCUGAGGGGACCCAGCUCUCCAUCACCACCCCAGGCCUGGACCAGCCUUCUGGAGAACCUGAUGACCAGCUGCCUACAGAGCACCCUGCAGAACCCCCAGGACUGCCCCUGCUGCCUGUGCUGUUUGCAGUUGGGGGUCUUCUGCUGCUCUCCAAUGCCUCAUGUGUUGGGGUUUUCCUCUGGUGGCGAAAACUGAGGCAUCUUGCUGAGGGUAUCUCAGAGAAGACAGAAGCAGUGUCGGCGGAGGACCAAGUCAGGAAUGAAUAUGAGGAGAGCCAGUGGACUGGGGACCAGGACACUCGAAGUUCCACGGUUAGCACAACAGAAAUAGAGCCAUAUUACCACUCCUUGAGGGACUUCAGCCCCCAGCUGCCCCCCACACUGGAGGAAGUGGAUUAUACCCAAGGCUUCACAGGUUUUGAAGAGGAGGAUGUGGCCUUUCCUGAGCACCUGUAUGAUGAGGUGGAGAGAAUGUAUGCCCCACCAGGAGCCUGGGGACCCCCUUAUGAUGAAGUGCACAUGGGCUCCUAUGACCUCCACUGGGCUGAGGACAAGUAUGAAGGUCCAGGAAGAAUCUAUGACCAGGUGGCAGGAGAUUCAGGCCCUCUGGAAUCAGAUUCUCUUCCCUUUGAGCUAAGGGGAGAUCUGGUGUGACAGCCUUUUCAGCAGCCCUUUCCUUCACCUGCAGGACAUAAUACUCUAGGGUCUUUUUCAUUCCAGCAUGGCUGAGCUUGUUAAGUGAGCUGCAUAGGACACAAAGGGACAGAUUUUUUCUGGAGAGGCCAUGGGGGGAAAUGUGUGUAAGUGACAGAAGAUGGUUCAAGCUGGUGUCAGAGUAUAAGCAAAGUUCUUCCUGGGGUUGGGUUUAGUAACUAAACUUCCCCACAAUGACAGGGUGACUUGUAAAUGACAUCUCAACACAAAAAACUGAGCGAGGUAUUGUGCCACAUACCUGUAAUCCCAACACUCUGGAAGGCUAAGACAGGAAGAUAGCAAGUUUGAGCCCAGCCUGGCAACUUAGUAACUUAGAGAGAGGCCCUGUAUAAAAAAAGAGGAGGGGUCGUGGGGAUUUAGCUCAGUGGUUCUGCUGCCUGCCUCGCAAGUGCAAGGUCCCGAGUUCGAUCCCCGGUACCAAAACAAAACAAAACAAAACAAAAAACAGGAGGGGGUUGUAGAUGUAGCUCAGUAUGAAGGCCCUGAGUUCAGUCCCCAGUACCACAAUAAAACAAAAACCAAACUCAGUUCAUUUUGAGUUUGAUUACAUCUGAAAUAGCUAAUGGUUAUGUCCUACCUAUUCUUAUUUCAUUAUUUUUUACAGUAUCUAAAACAUACUAUAUAAACCCUGACACAUGUAUCAAUAUAAAUAAACUCUAUUGAAAGAA